AAUAUUUUGUGAGAAACUCAGUGACUGGCGACUGGAGAGUGGAGAAGUUGGCCUGAUUUUGUGCACACAUCCGAAUUUCUUGCACAAGAAAAGUCACUGUGAAGCAAUUCUCACAACUCAAACUUUUCUCCCACACCACAAAACCCAGCAAGGAAACAUAACAUGAUCGCUACACAGGGGUGAAUAAGAUACAGUCAGUAUGCCUAAAAAGUUCAAAGGAGAAAAUUCGAAAGCUGCCGAAGCCAGGGCUCGGAAAGAUGCAGUUCAGAAAGCCGAGAAAGAAAGAGUAGAGAAAGAAAAAGAAGAUGCCUUGUGGGCAGAUGAUGACAAGCACAAUGCAAGGAAACUGCAAAGAAAGGAUGAUAAGGAGAAGAAAAGGCUUGAGCAGCUGGAGAGGAAAAAAGAGCUACAACAGUUGCAUGAGGAAGAGAUGAGCAGCAUCAAAGGGGCCAAGGCUCAGGCGGCGAAAGUUUCUCGUGCCCAGAUUCUGGAGAAUCAGGAGAGAGCUGCAGCAGAGGCAAAAGCUGAAAAAGCCAAGGAGCAACUGUCACAUGAUGAGGUGCCUCUGGAAGAGAAUGUGAAUCUUUUGGUCACAGAAGGAGAGGAUGCUCGGACUGUGGAUGAUGCAAUUGCAAUGCUCAGUGUUGCUGAACCCUCCUUGGACAAACACCCAGAAAAACGAGUGAAAGCUGCCUAUUCUGAAUUUGAAGCAUUGCGACUCCCGGUGCUGAAACAGGAGAACCCCAACAUGAGGCUGUCUCAGCUCAAGCAGAUGCUGAAGAAGGAAUGGAUGAAGUCUCCGGAGAACCCAUUGAACCAGAGACAUUCUUCUUACAAUUCUAAGUCGUAGCAUUUAGCAAAUUAAAUUCUCCACUUAAUUUGCAUUUAUUUUUACAGGUGAAUGUGUUGUUUCCAAACUGUGUUAAAGUUUUGUUAUGUUGCUUUUUUUUUUUUUUGAGCUGUCCAUACAUUGGUCGUGCUCAGGAUACUGUUUUUUUUUCCUUCUUAAUAUUGUAAAACCCUAUCUUGAAAUAAUAAUGUAAGGUUGUUCAUUAAUUUAUGAAUGUUGCUGCCAGAAUGAAUGUUAAUAUUAUAUUUAGGAAAGAGGGGGGGGGCUGGUGUUUAAAAUGGUUAGAGACUUCUAUGUUUAUUGUUUAUCAAUAGGGUAUUUUUCUAUUGUCAAAUCUCUAUUCUCCUAAAAACCGUUGUAGUCCCUAACACUGCAUUACAAUAAUUACAUGUACAUGUACAUUGCAAGCUACUGUAUGAUUACAUUACAUUACAACACCAUUCGUUAUAAUGCUUUGAACUUCAAAAAGGAGAAGGGAAGCUCAUUGGGCCUGCCUACAGUUAAUUUUUUGCAAAGCCUUGUAUUCUUCUGUGCUUUGAUAUUUGAGCAUCAUGGGCCUUUGGCUUUUCAUUAUAAAUGACUAGUAAAUAUUGAAUUUAUAUUAGUAAUUACUUCUCAGAGGCAUGUUUUAUAACACUUGUUGGCUCUUCAUAUCAAUCUGUCUUGUAAUCUUCAAAUAUAAAGUAUUAUUGCUCUGUAUGAUUUAUAAUGAUUUCAGAUAAUAUCUGAUAUGCUGUAAUUGUUGCACUACAGGUUAAGGAAAAUGAGAGGCAUAUCCGGUUCAUAAGAUCACAUGGCAUUUGAAUGGUUCUUCUACUACACCCAGAAUAGCUGUGAAUAGUGAAAUAAUUUGGAAAGUUGAAUUGCAGAAUUGAAUGACUACAGCUUUACUGAGGGUUUCUGGUUGGGGGGGGCGCUUAUUUAGGAUUGUUUUUUUUUAAGGGGAGGGGGUGUGUCUAGGGAGUGUGGCUGUGAUUUUCUCUGGAUGUCUUCAAGUUAAAUCAACUGCUACUUCUUCUCUAUCUUUGUACAAUACAAGGUUGUCUUGUUUCUAUCAUCAUAUUUGUCUCUAUCUUGGAGCUGUUACUAGUAAGAGCUCUUAGGUCUCAUUUCGCACUCCUUGUUAUGUUUAACUUCCCUUUGUACAUUGUAUAAUGACCUUCUGUGGCUGAAUGAAUAAACUUAUGUUGAAGAAACUUUUUUUGAAAUAUAGAA